AUCCUCAUCAGCAUGACAUCUCUUGCACCGCUUCUGCUGCUCCUGUUGCUCCUGGUCGCUGCUGCAUCUGCAGCAUCCAGCAACUACCGGUCCUAUGGUGGAUCAGUAGCCUUCACCUCAAAGGGACGGAACGCAGAUGGAACCUAUGAGGUAGAACUUCGACAAAGGAACACUCCAUAUUACUACCACCAUUCAAAUGUUGAUGGAACUUGCUGGAGUGGUAACUGUGGGACCCAGACACAGCGCUCUGUGGAAUCCGUCUCUUCUGGUUCUUAUGGUGUCACCUGGAGACAGUAUGAAGUGACAACAAAUAGACAACUGACCAGCAAUCUGCCCUUUGACAUGAGAUAUCCUUACAGAUAUGAAUACUACUGGGGUUAUGGCUAUUGGAUCCAAAACGUCAGAGGUAUUAACCUCGGGUGGAGAAUGAUGACACAUGUGGACAUGGGAAUCCGAUCAGACACUGGUGAAUCUAACAGACCUCCUGCCAUCAUCACACCUCAUCUUAUCAGAGUGCCCAGGAACUGCCCUCGAACUUUCAAUAUCCCAACAUUUGACCCUGAUGGUGACAACGUCAGGUGCAGGAUUCCCACUACACCUGCUACAUAUGAGUGUGCACUUUGCGGUCUUGUCAAUGGUUUCUCUUUUGAUCAGAAUUCCUGCUCCCUCACAUACAACCCAGGACAAAGCAGUGGAUAUUACCCUGUGGAGCUCGUGGUGGAGGACUUCCCCAACAAAGACAUAACUCUGUCCUACUCCGAUGGAUCCUACACCAUAAAGUGGCCCCAAACAAUGACACGACGUAAACGCCAAGCCAUAUUAACCACCACAUCUGCCCCAACAACCACCACAUUUCCCUUAACAACCACCACAUCUGCCCCAACAACCACCUCAUUUCCCUUAACAACCACCACAUCUCCACAAACUAAUACUCCAUCUGCCCCAACAACCACCACAUUUUCCCCAACAACCACCACAUCUCCACAAACUAAUACUCCAUCUGCCCCAACAACCACCACAUUUUCCCCAACAACCACCACAUCUCCACAAACUAAUACUCCAUCUGCCCCAACAACCACCACAUUUUCCCCAACAACCACCACAUCUCCA